ACAAACAAAUAACAAAACUUAGAGCAGGGCUCCAAAAUUAUUUCCUCCAUUGUUCACGUCUUUCUCCAGUCUGUAAUUAUACGUGCCACGAGCCCUAGGCUGCAAUUAAACGCCAAACGUUAAUUGCUUCCAGCUCGGACGAAAAUCUUUAAUGAGCGUCGGAAACAAUAUGUUAGGCAUAUCUAAGCCACAUCUAUAUCACACCAUGAUAGAAUUGAGAUGAGAUGGUUCCCCAGUUGAUCCAGCAAAACUGAAGGUCAUACAUUGAGUUCACUUCUUAGUCACCUAUAAGUUACCAACGUUGAACAUGCGCAACUGGAACGUAGUGCAGGAUCUGUUUGGGAUUCACCCGCCACCCGGUCAUCUUUAACGGUUUUAUUGACAUUUGUAUGACAAAUUGCUUAAACAACAGACAAACCCUUCUAGUAAUAGCGAGCCGUUGUGACUAGGCAGACUAGACAGAUACCAACCAGUACACGACAAGUUCGGUACGCUCGUACAAUAUGUUUCUUGAUAAAAUAUCUUUGAUUCCAUCAUUUUCCAAGAUCCAUUGAAUUAAUGUUUAGGGAUUCAUCCCUGUUCGGUAGGGGUACCGAAGACCUCCAACAUUAGGUGGUCUUAUUAUGUUGUUCAUCACUGUACGCAACUGAUAAGCGAACAUAAAUAUACAACCUAGUAAUCAAAUAAAACGUGUAAACUGAUAGUAUCAAAACUAUGAAUAAUAAUUCACUGAUAUAAAUUCAAAAACAUUCUACAAAAAAAAAGGAAUUGAAUGAUAACAUUAUUGAAUUGGUGAAGGUAGAGAUAAGCCAGCCAACUAACUGCUCGGCAGUGAGCUAGCCAUGGGUACGCCGGCGUGGAGUCACAGCUCGAAAAGACGUGCUACAGUAAGCUUGUGCGUGAAGAAAUACAGACCCGGUACAGUAGCUGUACCAAAUAUGUGUGCCCCGGUGUGAUAUGAUCUCUAUAAUCCGGUGCUUCAAACAAAAUGACGGACGAAGUAACGUUGGUAACGUGUCUCAUCUUGACCACGAUCUGUGUUGUAGUGCUCGGCUCAUCGAUUCCAGCGAUCGUUAUACGCGGUCCCCGAAUUGCUGUACAGUACGAAAGGAUACAGCUGACAUGUUUCACUCUCACCGAGCACAAACACAUCCAGUGGUAUUUCUCCUCCGACACGUUCGAUGCACAUUAUAAGCCAUCCAGUGAGGUACGUUUGAGCUCAAACCGAACCACCCUAACGAUCCGACCGGUGGAUAAAGCUCACGUCGGAAGCUAUCGGUGUUGUGCGACGGAAACGGGCUGUGCCAGCAUGCACCUAUCCGUACUGUCCGUGCUGGACGAUCAUUCAACGCUCACUGCGCCCAACAGCGGUGUGCUCGAUGUAUCAAAUCGGGGCAACUUCUCGAUCGCUGUCUAUCACCCACCGUUCGUCGGUGGAGCGGUUUACAUCGAUCGUGAACCUAGCCUUAGCUUCUGCGAUCACUUCCGAACGCAUUCGAGAGCAUGCGAGGAACAGCGCUCGUUGGACACGCUGUCGUACACAGUGCGCAACGUUACGCAGGAAGAUGGUGGCCAGUUUGACCUGUGGAUACACUUCAACCGAAAGGUGGAACGAUUUCAUUUGCACAUCUUGGUGCAUGGCAGCCCGAUUGCGCAGAUGGAGCAGUACAAUGUUCUGCAAAGUGCAGAUCAUGUCAGCUUCCGGUGCCGAGGAGUUGCGUAUCCGGCGCCAAACGUAACCUUUUCCUACACACCUUGUUCGCUCACGAAAAUGGACCAAGGAUCGAGCAGUGUACAGAGUAGAUACUGCGACAAAAGCAUCAUCUUGCCGCAAGGUCUGGUAUGGUUAUCUCGCAUCUACCAUAAAACAAACUUUGAAGCAAUCGUUCCCUCAUGGCCGUUAGUCUACGGUCCCGGUAUCGUGUCCUGUCAGGUGGCGAACAGUGAGGGUACCACAACGGUCAGCACCUUGCUGUACGUGCGCAAUUUCCUCGACUGAACCACACUUAGGCCACUUUAUUCACAUCGCGCUCGAACCGGCCGAAGCACGUGCCACGUACAGAUGUCUCGGUACGAGCCGAUUGGGUAGUGCCACCAAAACGUGGCACAUUGUGCAGGAAGGUGGGUGAUCGUAGCCGAAAACGCUGGUGGAUGAUAAUGGUAGUGAAUUAUCGUUUCCCCUCUUCAGAUUCAAUGCAGUGGUUGUUGCUGAGCGGUGUGGGAGUUCUCGCUUUCUUUGCCCUGCUAUCGAUCGGUACCGUUGUGUGGGCUGUGGAAGCGUACCGACAGCUGCUCCAAAGGCAAUCCGAUCUGGAAGAGCAACUGAACAGUGCUAAUGAUACGGUAUAGAGGUAUCUUGCCGUAAGGAUGUCCAUUUUUGAGGCUUCUGAGCUACCGGUAUCGAUGUCAACAUUAAUAUAGAAUAGCUUUUUAAUGCGUCGUCCGAUUUAAAAGCUAGUUAAGCAAGUUUCAGAUCUUUACGGCCCCCAAUUUACGAUUUCUUAAGGCUCUGAACAAACUUCAAGACGUCUGAUCGGUUGCCUGGAUGAUAGGGCAUCAGUUCGUUCGUUUAAAAACGGAGAUAUUCAACAUUAAAGAUGGAUGGUACGCGGGCAGAACAGAUGUGUCGAUGAUAAAAAUUUAAACACGUGAUAUGACAUGAUCAAACCCCGAUACUAAAUUAUAAGCAACCCAACUCGGUUGAGCUCUUUUGACGGGUGUGAUCUCUAGCUCUAGUUGCAGCUUAUCUGAUAAUUUUAAGCGCUAAUAAUUUAUUGAUUGAUUCAAGAUUAAUGAGACCCCAAACAAAUCAAAAUGAUGUUGGCACUUCCCAGCAGCCCUGGUAGCAGGUCUAUUGUUUUACGAAUACAGAUAGGUGAUCGCACAUCAUUCAGAACUUCACUUAUUUGGGGACAAAAGCCACCAUCGUUUACAACAUAGAAGUUAAGAGACGCGCAAGGGUGCUGUACAUCUUACAGCCAAUCGUACGACCAAUUAAACGCAAUCAGAAAGCUUUGAUUGGCAGGUUAUAAGAGGGAAGGUCUCCCAACCCGGGGCAAUGGCAUUUCCCGAUGACGGCGCUAGACAGUGAGCGGUAUCGGGAACUCUGAGGAUCUAAUCUUGCCUGGAUCGACCGCAUGUAGGAAGGACUUUCAUCGCCAGGUUAGAGAAGUAUUUUCAUGAUCGGUAGGAGCAUUUUUUUACACCACGAUUAAAUAGCUCUCGAAUGAGCAAUAGACUGUACGCUUAUUUUAGUUAGUUGAUUACGCUCCAAACAAACAUUUCAUCGGUUUAAAAUUAUAAGCUUGUGCUGGAAAAACCAAAACACAUCUUCGCGUGA